AUGGUUGGAAGCAAGCUCACGAGGAGCAAAACCGUUGCGAUGGCUCAAUCUGUGACGACCCAAAGCUACUCCUCCCAUGAUCCCGCAGCAAACCCUAGCUGCCACACCACAGCAACCACCCUGUGUGAUUGGAACCACCGCGCCGACCUCUACCAUUGUCGUACCAUCUCAAGGUCUCAUGGCCAAAUCUAG